UGGCUUAUUAUUGCGCAAUCCAAUAAAAUGGACGUUGGAGAUGUACGAGAGCAACACAAAUUUGACGAAACUCGUCUUGAUAAUUAUCUAAAUUCUCACUUAAAUGGAUACCCUCGUCUUGGAAAUGAAAAACUAACUACUCGUCAAUACAGACAUGGUCAAUCUAAUCCUACGUUUUAUCUGAGGAAAGGCUUAAGAGAAUUUGUUUUGAGAAAAAAACCUCCGGGAACAUUAUUGAAAUAUGCUCAUCAGAUUGAAAGAGAGUUUGAUUUCACAGAAGCUUUGCACAAAGUUGACUUUCCUGUAGCAAAACCUCUACAUUUCUGUCAAGAUACCACAAUCAUCGGAACAGAGUUUUACAUCAUGGAACAUGUGAAGGGAAGAAUUUUUCGUCCUGGCUUGAACAUGGAGGUGUCUUCAGAAUUUUAUUUAAAUGCAGCAAAAAAUUUGGCAAAGCUUCACAAAUAUGAUCCUGAAUGUUUGGGAUUAAAGAAAUAUCUGUCAAAGAAAGCUAAUCAUGCAAAAAGACAGGUUUUUAUUUGGACUAAGCAAUAUAGAGCAAGUACGGACAAUCCUUUGCCUGAAGCUGAGAUUUUAAUCAAGAAAUUAAUGGAGAUGUUGCCAACUGACAACAAACAACAAUGUAUUGUUCAUGGUGACUAUAGAUUAGACAAUAUGAUUUUUCAUUUGGAUAAGCCAAUUGUAAAAGCUGUGCUCGACUGGGAACUAGCAAGUGUCGGAGAUCCAAUGUUAGACUUGGCGUAUGUUUGUAUGGUGAUGUAUCAUGCACCAGACGAACUCCGUGAACAUUUUCUUCAGUUUACUCAUGAUGGAUUGCCUUCUGAGAAAGAGUACAUUGCUUGCUAUUGUCAGGCUUUUGGUCGUUCUCUUCAAAUCGCAAGUUGGGAAUUCUAUUUAGCAUUGAGCUGCUUUAGACUUGCUUCUAUUGCUCAGGGUGUGUAUUCACGAAGUUUACAGGGAAAUGCGUCGGCUGAAAACGCGAAAAUUCACGGCAAACUUGUUCUUCCGCUUCUUCGUCAAGCAUUAAGAAUUUUGAAAGUGCAUGGACCUUCUAGAGAAUUGGGACAUUCUUCUGAAAUGAUCACCGAACUGUUUCCUAUUUCUGAAAAAGCAAAGAAUUUACUGGCAAAGAUCAAGAUAUUUUUAAAAGAAUAUGUUGUUCCUGGAGAAAAGGAAUACUUUGAAUUUCUGUCACAAGCAAAUGAUGUUUGGCAAGUUCCACCAGUCAUCGAGUCCCUUAAGAAAAAAGCAAAAGAACAAGGUCUCUGGAAUCUAUUCUUAUCAGAUGUCUCCAACUUAACUCAAACAGAAUAUGCUCUAAUUGCGGAACAAACUGGGCGAUAUUUCAUAGCACCAGAAUGUUUCAAUUGUUCAGCACCAGAUACAGGAAACAUGGAAGUUCUUCAUUUAUAUGGCAGUGAUGAGCAAAAAAAGAUCUGGCUCGAGCCUCUAUUGAAAGGUGAUAUUAGAUCUGCAUUCUGUAUGACCGAGCCGGCAGUAGCGUCCUCCGAUGCUACAAAUAUGGAAUGUGAAAUAAAGCAAGAUGCUGAUUCAUAUGUGAUUAAUGGACGCAAAUGGUGGGCUAGUGGUGCUGGAGAUUCUCGAUGUAAAGUUUUGAUUGUGAUGGGGCGAUCUAGCAAUCCUGACCUAUCAAGACAUAGACAACAUUCAAUGAUCAUCGUUCCAAUAGAAACAAAAGGAGUUAAGAAAGUACGAUCUUUAACAGUCUUUGGUUACAAAGACGCACCUCAUGGUCACUGGGAAAUUAUUUUUGACAAUGUUCGGGUCCCUGCUUCCAACAUCAUCCUUGGUGAAGGGCGUGGUUUUGAGAUUGCUCAAGGAAGAUUGGGACCAGGUCGGAUCCAUCAUUGUAUGCGAACAAUUGGUGCUGCAGAGAGAGCCUUGGAGUUGAUGUGUCAACGUGUGUCUACCAGAAGAGUAUUUGGAGAGACUUUGGCUGUUAAGGGUAUGAUUCAGAAGGAUAUAGCAGUUAGCCGCGUGGAGAUUGACCAGGCUCGUCUAAUGACUAUUCAAGCCGCGCGUUGUAUCGACAUACUAGGGUCAAAAGUUGCGAAGAAACAGAUUGCGAUGGCAAAAAUAGCUGUGCCUAAAAUGGCACUGAAGGUUAUCGAUCGUGCUAUCCAAUCACAUGGGGGUGCUGGUGUUUCUCAAGAUACUCCCUUGGCUUACAUGUAUGCGGCAUUGCGGACUCUUCGUAUUGCUGAUGGGCCUGAUGAAGUACAUCUAACAGCUGUCGCAAAGCAAGAACUUCGUGAGCAAUUAUUGAGUCAUUUGUAAUGGAGAGUAAAACCAAAAAGCCCAUUUCAGUGUUUAAUUUUGUGCGAAGCCUUUUCUAACAAUGUAACACAUGCCUGUCUAAUGUCAAAUGAUUGCCCACACGUUCGCUGCAGUGACAGGAUUUAAUUUAUUCAUAUUUUUAAAUAUUAAUCCUCUUGGUUGAACAUCAUAAUUACAAGAGGUCAAAGUUCACUGAGUCAGGGCUAUAAUAUUCGCAAAGCAAAGAUAAGUCGAUGUAUUAAUUUUAUAAUGAUGGUGUAUCCAUGUAACUGGCGACGAAUAUAAUAGUUAUGGAUUCUUGAGGGGAGUUUUCAAGCACGUGCGAAAAUCGCAGCAUUACUACCAUAAAUGGUUAAAUUCGCGCAUUUCAUUCAACUGUGCUUAAUUUAUAUGUGACGUAUGAGUGAAAUGUUUCUACCAUCAGGAGGGGGGUGCACUAAUUACAUAUCGUCAUGAAUAAACCCACUCUUUUGUUGAAA